UAGACACUCUGUGUAAAAAUCUUUUCUUGACCGUUCAUUCAUUCAUCCCACAAAACUUUUUUUUCUUUUGCUUUAUCACCGCAUAGCCACAGACACAACUUCACAAACUUUAAACCCCUCUUCCUAUACUCCUACAAUUCUUGGGUCUUUCUCAGCCAUCAACCCCAUUUAGAAUUUCCCCCUUUUUUUAUUUUUUUAUAAAAUUAGUUGCUAUGGGGAAACGAAAACGGAUUUCUGAUCACACCCAAUCCCAGAGGGAUCAUCACCCACGUUCAUGUUCUCCUUCUUCGGAAGCCAUUCGAUGCUCUUCCAACAACAUGGAGCUAUUGUCAGAUGAGAAGCCUUCACAUUCAGGCAACCCUGGUGCACACCCUCUGCCACCUGUAUUGGAUAUAACAGAUGGAUCUAUGAAGCUACUAAAUUCGCAUCCAACAAUGGCACACCAUCAUCAAAAUCUUGGUCGUUCAAUAUUUUUGAAACGUUCACGGCAUUACUAUGGCCACCAGUAUUCUCGACGUAACUCUGCCAAUCAUGCCAAUGCAUCUUCUUCUCGUGGCAAGGGUACUUCUUCAUAUGAUGAUGGACUUUCUUUCAAGUUGGCUUCUCAACCCAACUCACUGUCCAGACAACAACAUGCAGAAUAUAGAGAGAAGACAUUUUCCAGGCCUGAGAGAAUCCGGUCAAGUUCCUUAGUGAUGGAUUCAGUAUCACCAGAUGUAGUGAAUAUGGUUUGUGGGAUUUGUGAGAAGCCAUUGAGACGGAAAUUGAAUUUUCUGGGGAGUUCCUUGUCUUGCUGUGAGCUUUCAGUUGUGGCAGUGUUAGUAUGUGGUCAUGUUUAUCAUGCAGAUUGUCUGGAGCAGAGAACUAGCCUUGAAGAACUACGUGACCCGCCAUGCCCCAUGUGUGCAGGUUCAUUACUCUUGCAGGCUCAUGACUCCAAAGGACAGGAAUAGUUUCCAAGUAGAUCAAUAUUACAAAUUUGACGUUGAUCAUCUACAUGUAAUGGGACAGAGUUUUGUCCACAGAUAACAAACUCAAAGAUAGGUCAUUUUGCUGCAAAUGGACUAUAGACUAUAGAGAGCUACCAUAAAGAUUUUGUACAUUGUAAGGAUCUCUGCAUGCAUUAUAUGUAGGAUUUGUGGAUCAGGGGUAGUUUGUGUAAUUUCUUUUGUUUUGUUUUUUCACGAGGUCCAUAGGGGAUUAUCUGAGUGAUGACGUAGAAAUUCUAAUAGCUGUAAAUGUUUUAGAAUUUCAAUGAUAUACUAGUUGAAAUAAUUG